AUGAACGCCCUGCGCGGCUGCGUUCACGAGAUAUUGGAGGUUAAGCGGCGCUUUCACCAGUCCUACUACACCGCAUCAGAAGAAGACAGCAUGGCAGUCCUCAAGGGUGGUGCCGUCUUCACGGCCAUCGCCUCCCUCGCGGCCAUCGCGACCCCCGCCUCGGCCACCGUCCCGGCCGCCAUCACGCCCGAGUACCUCGCGACGGCCGGCAACAGCUCCCUCUUCACCCGCUGGAGGCCUCGCUCCCACUACCUCUCGCCGCACAGCUGGAUGAACGACCCGUGCGGCGCCGUCUACGACCCGGCCACCGGGACCUACCACCUGCACUACCAGUUCCACCCCAACCACGUCAACUGGGGCAACAUCUCGUGGGGCCAUGCCGUCUCCAAGGACCUGUUCCACUGGACCGACGUCCGCGACUGGGCCAACGACUCGGCCGUCUCCCUGGCCUCGGGCAAGUACGCCGCCGGCCCCCUCUCCCAGUUCACCGGCACGACCCAGCCGGUCAACCUCGAGGGCGUCAGCGACGGCACCCUCCUCACCUUCGGCACCGGCAUCCACGCCCUGCCGACCAACUGGAAGCAGCCCUACAUCACCGGCACCGAGGUCCAGGCCCUGUACACGUCCGCCGACGGCGGUUCCACCUGGGAGGAGGUCGGCACCGUCAUCUCGAGCCCGCCCGAGGGCUGGAACGUCACGGGAUGGAGAGACCCCAGCUUCUUCCCCUCCAAGGAGCUCGACAGCCUCCUCCAGGUCGGUGAGCCCCAUUACUACAUGGUGCUGGGCUCCGGCCUCAAGACCGCCGACGUCCCCGCCCAGCUGCCCGGCGCCGCACGCCCGGGCUUCAUCGGCCCCCGCGUGCCGCUCUACUCGGCGCCGGCCUCUAACCUGACCCAGUGGACCUUCCUCGGCGCCCUGUGGGAGCCCGCCGCCAACACGUCCCUGGGCGAGCCCGACGUCACGGGCUCCUACGGCUACAACUUCGAGGUCAGCAGCUUCUUCGACCUGCCCGUCGGCGACGCCGCCGGCGCCGAGAGGGCCUGGUUCGUCACCGCCGGUGCCGAGGGCGGCAACACGACGCAGCACUGGCGGGAGCAGUGGGCCAUCUGGAACCGCGGCGACGUCGCCCGCCGCGACAACGGCUCCGUCGAGUUCACGCCCAACUCGGGCGCCGCCCUGGACUGGGGCAUCUCGUACGCGCAGGCGACCUGGGCCGACGUCCGCAACAACGGCCGCCGCAUCAUGUGGGGCUGGGCCAACGAGGACAUCCUGCCCGACUACACCUUCGCCACGUCCAAGCAGCUCGGCUACAUGGGCUCCAUGAACCUGCCGAUGGAGCUGUACAUCAAGGAGACCAAGGGCGUGCAGAACUGCGGCCGCCAGCAGGACGGCAGCCUCUGCAUCCAGGGCUGCAGCGGCGGCGGCGCCACGGCGCAGACGCUCGGCAUCCGCCCGCUGCCCGACGUCAUCGAGCUCCUCCGCGAGGGCGCCGCGGCCCACGAGUUCCAGGUCGGCGAGCUCGUCGACGCCGCCAAGUCCGUCUCGGCCGACCUCGGCACCUCGUACGAGCUGACGGCGACGCUCAGCUGCGCCAGCGGGCCGGCCGGCAUCGUCGUCGGCCAGAGCCCGGACGACGCCGAGCGCACGACCAUCGUCUUCGACCCGGCCGCGUCGCAGAUCCGCGUCCACCGCGACCGCAGCAGUCUGCUGCCCAACUUCAACAACGCCACCUUUGUCGGCCACUUUGAGCCCUACCAGCUCCUCGACAAGGCCGCCGCCGGCGGCAACGCCACGGCGGUGGAGGAGGACCUCAACUUCCACGUCGUGCUCGACGGGUCGCUGCUCGAGAUCUGGGUCAACGAGCGCUUCGCGCUGACGGCGCGCAUCUACCCGUCGCGCAACGACAGCACCGGCCUCAGCUUCUUCGCCGGCGACGCGGCGGCGCCCGCCGGCGCCAAGGCCACGUGGAAGGACGUCAAGGUCUGGGCCGGCCUGGCCAAGGCGUGGCCCGAGAGGCCGGAUGAUACCAGCGUGCCCCUGGUCUGGGACACGCCGGAGCAGACGAACAACUACGCCUGGUGGGCGGGAUACUAA